GUGGCAUCGGCCCGUGCGGCUUGCCGACCGCUCCUUUCUGGGACAGCCGCUGCACGUCAUUCGGAAGCUGCUUGGCGUGGAAGAGUUCAUGGCCAAGUACAACGAGCUUGAGGGCGGCGCAACACUGUCUCAGUUCGAGGACCUCUCCAGCUGGCAGUUGUCGGUGGCCGACGACAGUGGUAGCAGUGUCCAGCUUCUGGGCUGCCCGGAAGACCACAGAUGCACCGCCAAUCCCGACCACGAGCACGAGAGAAAGCUAUGCGAGAAAUGCGAGGUUCCCCUCUGCAGCACCUGCCUUGAACACCUGAGCAGCAAGAAGUUGCCCCCUCUCAGCUUGGCGAACGACAUGUGGACUGGUUACGGCCCAGAAACCUUGUACAGCGACAAGGGCCACCCCAUGGAUGACACGGCGCACAUGGCCAGACACUGGCAAGGGGCCCGCGGCAAUGCGCUGACCUUCCCGCUGCCCUGGGUACUGAAGCUCAAGCAGCAAGCCGGCCCCGGCGCCGAAGCGCUGCCUCGCAGUCCGCACGUCCGAAUCAUCCUCACCACCAACAAGGAGGGCAAAACCACCCAGGCCGAGAUCAAGAAUCUCAUACACCAAGCGUCCGUUCGCAGGCGCAUCGUCGUGAAGCUGAUCUUGGACAUGCGGCGCUACGGCCAUCCCUCCUUCCAGGCCAUUGACGAGCAGCAGGUGCUGGAGAAGGCUGCCUUGCUGCCCGAAGACGGCGUGCCGCCCGAG